AUGGCCCAAAGCAUAGGUAACAUCAUCGAAGCCCUUAUCCUUUCUAUCAUUUGCAUCGUGUCAGUUCUUGGAAACUUAACUGUGUUUGUAAUCUUCACGAGACGGCACGCUUUUCGCACUGUCACAAACGGGUUUCUUCUUAACCUUGCAUUUGCCGACUUACUAGUUUCCGUUCUCAACAUGCCGAUUACAGUAGUCACAAUUGUCAAACAGCGAUGGAUAUUUGGAAAAAACGCCUGCGUUUUACUGGGAUUCACUACAUUGCUGUCGUUUGUUUUGUCCGUGAUGUGGCUUGGUAUGAUUGCAAUCAACAGAUAUUAUUACGUAGUGAAGUGGAAAACGUACUCUGUGACAUUUGCACCUAGACGAUCUGUUGUGUUUGGAGCGAUUGUUUGGUUAAUAUCGUUGUUAUUAUCCCUUCAACCAAUUUUUGGUUGGGCCGAAUUUCGCUACAUCCCUGGAAAAUCAUUCUGUUUUGUUUACUGGCCAUCUGAUGUUUAUUACAUGUAUUUCAUGUUGACGGUAUGUUUUUUCGGUCCUCUAACCGUUAUGUCUAUUUCAUACUUUAAUAUUUUCAAAUAUACAAGGGAAGCCCGACAACGCCUUAAUCAACACAGGCAUGUGACAAACGAAGAAAAAACUGCGCAAGAAAAUGGCCGAAUCAAAAGAGGCUUUAAAGUGACACCGGAAGAAGUUAAAAUUACCAACACUAUACUCGUUGUUGUUGCUUGCUUCAUGUUUUGUUGGGCACCUUUUGCCAUGACCACGUUUACUGAUGUUUACUAUAAUCGCCCAAUUCCGAGAAUAAUUGGUAUUAGCACAUUGUUGUUAGGUUACGCUAAUAGCAUGUGUAACCCUGUCAUUUACGGAAUAAGAAAUCAGUCCUUCAGACGAGAACUUAGUCGGUUAUUCAGGCGCUGUUAUGCACCUUCUCGUACAGUCCCAGCAGUGAAAGUGGUGCUAGCAGAUCGUUCACAAUGCCCAGUAAACAUUGACCAGUCUCUAGAAGCAGCAGAAGCAUCAAAGUUGUAUUUUAAAUCUUCAAGUGGCGAGGCUACAGCCAUAUCAACAUGUAAUUUUAAGGGUUGAAUUUGAAGAAGUCUGUUUAGGCUAAAAAAUUUACAGAGGCCAACAUAUCAUGUGCCACUGAAUACAGUGGCAGGAAUUUUGUAAGAUACUGUAAUCAUAUGUAAGCUUAAGUGUGGAGUAAAGCCGGGCUUACUAAACCUCUUCAUUGCAGGUGCAAUAUGAUGCUGAAAUGUAAAAUAAAGUACAAAAUAUCUAUUAGUCUCAAUUAUAUUACUGUCCCAAAUAUUUGUUUGUGGUGGUAGUCCACCUGUUUUUAAAGACAUCUCAAGUUUAAAGGGGCUGUGUUCAUUGGCUCAAAACAAGGGGAAAAUUUCUUAUGUAUGUAUGUGUAUAUCAGCUUUAUUUAAAGAAGGUAACACUAAACUGUAAACUGACAAAGUUUCGGCCCUCAUUAUGAAACAAUUACAAUUAAAAAUAUACAUAGAAUAAUCUGAAAAUUACAAUUGAAAGUACAGUACAACAUUAACGUGUACAAUAGGAAGUUAUCAAAUAACAAAUUACAACAAAGAAAAUUAAGAAGAUGAAUAAAAGUCAGUUAAGGCCUUUUUAAAACUAUGUACACAUGCUAUCUUCUUGAAAGAAUUUGGCACUGCAUUCCAAAAUCUUGUAGCCCUCACACCAAAUGUAUUCCCCCCGCCUCGGUUUCACGCCUUUCAGAUUUUUAAAAAUUUGAUUAUCCCUAGGUUGAUAUAACAAAAGCUCUAAUAGAGAGGAGAAGUCGUUACGUCAAUUGCCAUGGUACCAAAAAUUUUGGAUGACAACAAACCGAAAAAGUCACCUAAAAGUCUAUUCACACUUUUCCAAAUUUCACCGAUCUUAUUCAGUUCCAUUAAAUAUGGCAAAUCUCGGAGAAAUUUUCUUUGGGACGGUAUCUAUCGUUAUCUAAGAAAAAGAAAGCGACAAUUUUUGUUUUGUGUUCACCUCAUCCAUAAAGCAGGCGCGUGAAAUCAGGAAGUUUCAUGUCCUAGUGGUACAACGACGGCAAAGAAAUGUAGAAAAUAGCGUGAUGCACGAGCAAAGUUAUUGGUUGUUUACCAUUUACAUGGGCAAAUCGGUCGGUUUACGGUUCGGGUAAAUGAUACGCAAAGUUCAGGACUGGUAAAUUUAGUUCCGGAAUCGCGUUUACCAUUUGUACAGAUCAGUUCCAUUUAACGGAAAACGGCCGCGAAGGCCUCAAACUGGUAUCAAAGAUGGCUGAGGAAAUGGAACACGAAUUUCCGUUAGGAAUAUUUCAUCCGGAAAAACAGGACUACCUUUUCAGAUGGUCUGUUGCUCCCGGGAAUUUUCCGUUGGGAAGACCCAAAAAGUCGUGUUCCAUUUACGUUCGAACCGGAUUUCCCGGAAAAUUCUUGUAAAUGGUAAACAACCAUUGUUUGUUUGCCGUUCUCCUUGCUGUCGCCGUCGUCGUUGGUUUAGUUGUCAUCCAGAAAUAGUGCUACCACGGUAACGAGACGUCACACUUCUCCUCUCUAUUUGCUCAAGAAAGGAUUCUUGUAGUAGUAAUGAAAUGACGUCAUCCUCGAAAUAGAUUAUUGCCUUAGUUUUUUUUGCUCUUUUCUCUUUAGCCCCUUCCUCAUCGCAGGUGACAUUUUACUCCCGCACUAGUCUCCUCUCUAUCUCCUUUCUAAAGGACCUAAAGCAUACCAGACUGGCUCUUUUGCAGGAGAAGCCAGGGCCCACUUGCGAGUUGACAGUAUGGAAAUCCGUUUUCAAAAAAUCUGUGGCAAUGGGGAAGAUUUUUUCCCCCGAAAAAUUUGGCUGUGCCAGGCAAAAUACAGUUUGAUCCGUUCUUCCUUCCUUCCCUCCUUGGUCCCAAUUUUUCGGGGAAAAUUAAUUUGGCGGCAAAGCUGCCAUCCACCUUCGGUUUAAUUACUCACUGCAUCUAGCCCGAGUUCUCCUGAAUUCGCUUGUAGGCUCAAAGACAAGAAGACAAGUGCGUAUGCUAACAUAGCCUCCCCGCAGACGUCCUUUGGGGUUCGUUUGUCACGCAUUCAUUUCUCCCCCACGUGGGUUAGAAAUGAAUGCGUGACAAACGAACCCCAAAGGACAUCUGCGGGGAGGCUACCUUUACGCCAUUAGUAGAACGGGGGAGGCUCCGUAUUUUGAGAUCAGCCUUCUAUAUCAAACUAUGCCUUAGAAACUCACAGACAACAAAGAAACUCUGAAAAAACGCUAAAAAUUAACAAGAUGUUCGUCCUUUUUUGCUAAUAAUGUUAUAUGAUCAUGGAUCUUGAAUUAGAGGGGAACCGGAAAAGUGUCCUUUUACGCUAAAGUAUUCUUGAUAGCUUUUUUGAUUCUCCAUUUCUUUAUCAGUCGUUUUAUAAUUUCAAUUGAUUGUAUGUUAAAUUACUAAUCUUUGUUAAUCCGAGUGCAGUUUUUUUCCUGUCUUAAUGUUAACUAUUGAACACUGGGCCUGAUAGCUUAUCAUUUAAUUGGUGUCCAUUUAUGUUCCAGCGUCUCUGACACGGAGCCAUUUCUAUUUUCUAGAUGGCAGGAUAAACAAAUAUUUAUUUAUUUCAUAUGGUCUUGUAGAUUAAAUUCACCUGCGGCCUCAACAAUGUUAUCAUACAGCUCUCUUGAAUUAACGAGUUAACAAAAUCUGGCAGGUGUUUAAAGGAAUCAUCGGCGAUAAUGGCCCAAAGCCUAGGUAACAUCAUCGAAGCCCUUAUCCUUUCUAUCAUUUGCAUCGUGUCAGUUCUUGGAAACUUAACUGUGUUUGUAAUCUUCACGAGACAGCACGCUUUUCGCACUGUCACAAACGGGUUUCUUCUUAACCUUGCAUUUGCCGACUUACUAGUUUCCGUUCUCAACAUGCCGAUUACAGUAGUCACAAUCGUCAAACAGCGAUGGAUAUUUGGAAAAAACGCCUGCGUUUUACUGGGAUUCACUACAUUGCUGUCGUUUGUUUUGUCCGUGAUGUGGCUUGGUAUGAUUGCAAUCAACAGAUAUUAUUACGUAGUGAAGUGGAAAACGUACUCUGUGACAUUUGCACCAAGACGAUCUGUUGUCUUUGGAGCGAUUGUUUGGUUAAUAUCGUUGUUAUUAUCCCUUCAACCAAUUUUUGGUUGGGCGGAAUUUCGCUACAUCCCUGGAAAAUCAUUCUGUUUUGUUUACUGGCCAUCUGAUGUUUAUUACAUGUAUUUCAUGUUGACGGUAUGUUUUUUCGGUCCUCUAACCGUUAUGUCUAUUUCAUACUUUAAUAUUUUCAAAUAUACAAGGGAAGCCCGACAGCGCCUUAAUCAACACAGGCAUGUGACAAACGAAGAAAAAACUGCGCAAGAAAAUGGCCGAAUCAAAAGAGGCUUUACAGUGACACCGGAAGAAGUUAAAAUUACCAACACUAUACUCGUUGUUGUUGCUUGCUUCAUGUUUUGUUGGGCACCUUUUGCCAUGACCACGUUUACUGAUGUUUACUAUAAUCGCCCAAUUCCGAGAAUAAUUGGUAUUAGCACAUUGUUGUUAGGUUACGCUAAUAGCAUGUGUAACCCUGUCAUUUACGGAAUAAGAAAUCAGUCCUUCAGACGAGAACUUAGUCGGUUAUUC